AUGGUGUUGAUAACCGAGGUGAUAAUCACCCUGUUGAUUGGACUUCUAAUCUAUCGAGCCUAUCGGUAUUUGUUCGACCGGCCUUCGUCAAACUUUCCUCCGGGGCCGCCCAGAUUACCUCUGCUCGGUGGCUAUCCAUUCCUGUUGGCCUUGAACUACCGGCAUCUACAUCAAGCCGCCGCCAAGUUAUCCCAGUAUUACGGAAGCAAAUUGAUUGGCUUGUAUCUGGGCCCACUACCGGCUGUCAUCGUGAAUGAUUACGAUACGGUCAAGGAAGUUCUCGGCCGGUCGGACUUCGAUGGACGACCGGAUUUGUUUAUGGCUAGACUGCGUGAUGAGCACUAUCAACGGAGAGGGAUUUUUUUCACCGAUGGAGAAAGCUGGCGUGAGCAGCGAAAGUUUUUCCUAAAGACGCUGCACCAGUAUGGCUUUGGACGACGCAGCCCGGAAGCGGAAGCGGACAUCAACGCCGGACUGGAGGAUUUGAUUGGCAUGCUGCGCGAUGGAGCAAAGUACGACCACGAGAAGGCGCUGGUGGACGAUGCAGGCUUCGUGCUAUGCCCGGCGGUGUUUUUUGCGCUCUUUUCCAACGUGGUGCUCAAGAUGUUAAUUGGUUCCCGGUUGGAGCGCGAAGAUCAAGGCGUACUGUUCGAACUUGGUAAAAAUUCUCUUGGCUUCCAUCGUAAUGGUGAUGACUACGGUAUGUUACUGAGCUAUAUUCCCUGGAUCCGGCAUCUUUUCCCGGAAGCGACAAAAUAUGAAUUACUGAGGAAAGUUAAUCAGAAUGCCAAUGCAGUCAUUUUAAGUUUGGCGCAAAAAUGCGAGAAAAAUUAUGACGAAAAUGACAUUCGUUGUUUCAUAGACGCGUAUAUUAAGGAGAUAAGAAGUAGUAAGAAGGGUGGUACAUCCACUGGAAGCGAUGAGUUCGGAUUUGAAUACGACCAACUGGUCAUUGGCUGCGCUGACUUUAUGGUUCCGCCAUUAUCUGCAAUUCCAGUGAAUAUUUGUCUCAUCAUCGAACGUUUACUGGAGAAUUCUGAGAUUGAGGCGAAAAUGUAUCACGAGCUUAUUGAUGUCGUUGGAUCUAGCCGUCUGCCAACCUUGGAUGAUCGUGCAAACCUCCCUUAUUGCGAAGCAGUUAUUAGAGAAGCACUCCGCAUAGACAUUUUAGUUCCAUCCGGAAUCCCUCACAUGGCAACGAAAGAUACCGAGUUAGGUGGUUAUAUUAUUCCCAAAGGAACAGUUAUUAUGAACUCGCUUGAUUACAUCCAUCAGCAAGAGGAGAUUUUCAGCAACUCAAAGAGUUUUUCACCGGAACGUUUUCUUAAUGCCGAUGGAAAACUGGCGCUUGAAUUAGAUAAAUCCUUACCAUUUGGCGCCGGUAAACGUGUCUGCGCUGGCGAAGCAUUUGCUCGUAACGCUCUCUUUCUAGCGGUUACUUCGUUGGUGCAAAACUUUACCUUCCAACUUCCAAGCGGUCAGAACAAACCUAAUUUGAAUACUCGUCUUACUGGGGUUAUACGCAGCCCAGCUGAUUUCAGACUCAAGUUUUCUACUCGCCGUUAAGCAUAAGGGCUAACCUAUUUGUGUAAUCUAAGUGUAACGUCAUUCACUUCACCAGUGAUAUUUGUUUCGCCCUUACGAAGAGUGUAUUCACAUAAUUUACAAACAAGCACAGUAUU